CUCCUCUUCCUCCUCCCCAUAGCUAUGCAGCGCUGUCGACGCCAGAGACUCUCGAGCGACGAGGACGACUGGACGACCAGCCACUCACGCGCAGCACGGCCCGUUUGAGCAAGUGGCGGGACUGGAGGAUGACGAUGACGGGCAGGGCGUGGCAGGUGGCUCUGGCGCAGGAGCCGCCUGUCUGCCCGAUCCCCCCGCUGCGUCCCUACGUCACCGACGCCUCACCGUGGUGCGCCGGGCCCAGCGCGCGCGAGGGUAUAUAUAAGGGCGGGCGCAGAGUAACUAACGAACAACUAUGGACAAGGCCUCUUCUGUACUCGCUGCCCUCAACGCCGGCAAGAUCCCCUCUUCCGCGCAGCUCGCCACCUGGGUCGACGCUGCCCUCGACUCCGCCGUCCUCCGCGCAGACCCCUCCGCCGACGGCGGCUCGGAGCUCAGCCAGCAAGGCAAGGCCCUCCAGAACGGCCUCCGCGACGUUCUCGUCGCCUGGAAGCAGCUUGGAGAGAGCAAGAACGGCGACAACCUCCUGCAAGAAUCCCUCUGGCACCUCUCCGCCGCCGACCUCUCCUCCACCACCGCCAACGUCGACGUCGACACCGACCAGGCUCACCGCGACGCCCGCAACCUCGCCCGUGCCCUCCGCACGCUCGUCUCCGUCGUCGGCGAGAACAUCGCCCAGGAGGGACGCAGCGUCUUCCACGACUUUGCGUCCUUCAGCCGCCUCGCCCUUGCGGACGCCGCAGAGUACGUUGCUGACGGUGCGCACAAGACUGCCGAAGGGCUGCGCGAGCUCGACAGCCAGGUCGACGCGGGCGAGCGGAACGAGGUCGGGGUGCGGAAGCGCAAGGCCGACGAGGUGGAGGAGGAAGACCAGGAUGCGCGCGCAAAGUUCGAGCGCGGGAUGGACAAGACGAAGGUGGUGGGGGGGAAGGCGAUCGGUGCGGGCCAGGCAGCGGUUGAUACCGCCGAGGACGUCGCGAACCGCACGACGACGCGUCUGGAGGAUGCGUUCAACAAGAUCUGCGACCGUGCGCAAGAGGACGAGCAGUACCACUCUGCCGUCUCCACGCUCUUCGACGUCGCCCACAAGUGGAUCCACCGCAGCCUCGACAGCGCGGGCGACGUCAACCGGGACACGUCCCUCGAGGCGUUUAUCAACGACCCGACGCCAGAGCAGCACCUCCUCCAGGGCAUCCGCGGGCUGCGCGCAGUGCUCGAGCGGCUCGCGGGCGGGAAGAGCCUCGACGGCCUCUUCGGCGCGGUCCGCGUGUGCGGCGUCGACGUGCAGCAGGACGAGAGCAUCCGCUCGUGGUGCGACUCCGCGCUCGAGCACGCGCGCAAGUGCGUCGAUGAGCAGGGUACGUGCGGAGCGAGGAGGCGAAGGAGCGGGGCGAGGCGCUGCGGAGGAGGGGCGCGAGCUCGCGGACAAGGACUCGAGAGGGACGGAAGUGGAAGGAGACGUGGGGGAGUCCGGCGCGAGGCGGCGGAGUUUGAGCAGGCGAUGGAGCGGGACGAGGAGCUGCGCAAGGAAGCCUCGUCGUGCGGGCAGCGCGGGCUUGCAGACACUCAUGGAGAAGGCGCCGUGGUUUGGCAGGACCUGUUCAACUUCUACCUGCCCAAGGCCGUCGGGAUGCUCAAGGACAUCCCGAUCCGAGGUAAGACGGAAUACAAGGACAGCGAGGUCGAGUUCGUGCUCGAGGACCUCGACAUAUCAAGCUUCGGCCUGCUGCCCGGGCACGCGUACAUCCGGAACAUCACGGACAUCGACAUCCAGGCGCCGUCGAGCGGGCAGACGAACACCGCGGGCAUCGACCUGGACGUCGUCGUGCGGAGCAUCCCGAACUCGCGAGGGCCUGAAGGAGCGCGCGCGGCGCGGCGGUUCCUCGAGUGCAGCGGGUGGAGCGCGGUGAGCGAGGACGUGGAGGUGCGCGUCACGGAGAGCAACCACUCGGUGCUCGUGAGCGUGUUCCGGCCGGUGAUGGUGCGCGCGGCGAUCGAGGCCGCGGACGCGCUCCUCUGGGAUGUGGGCAAGCGCGCGGACGUGUUCGGGGAUGCGGGCUCGGGCGGGGGCUGCGCUCGUUGCCGGGUUCUGGAGCGAGCUUGGCACCUGCGGAAGACCGGCGAGGGUGGGGGUGCUGGGCGGUGGCGCGCGACGGGACCGGCGUGGUGA